GGACAGAGAGACCAGGAGGUACCUGCAAAAAAAAACCACGCUUAUGUUUGUCAGCCUGAACCUGCCUAAACUAUAGGGUUUGGGCAAAGCCAUGCAUGCAUCACAUAAUACACAUAUUAAUUCUUAGUUUUGUUAUUGCUGCUAGUGCUGGCAGGUCUUCAGGAAAGGGAAUGCUGUGGGCUGUAGUCUGACCUGGGCACCAAAGCAGAGCUCUGAAGAUAUACUGUGAGAGCAUUGAUAUUCAUUUCCCGAGCUUUCCUUCCUUAUCUAAAGUCGCCGAUCGAUGUCAUGUCCAGCAGGUGGCGCUGUGACUUUACUUGUGUGUGCGCUUCCUAAUUCCUCCCGGGUAGGUGUGUUCUCUAUACACACCGGGUGGAUUGUGUACUGAGAGAAGACAGUUCCGGGACCGGGAGACGUCGUUUAUUUGUCUGUUUACUGAAACGCUGAUGGCUUCCUCCAUUGGGGAUGUAGCUCUGAGGCCUCUCCAGAGAGCCAUGAAGCUGGCGAACCGAGCAAUUCAACUGGACACCGGGAACCUGCAGCGGGAAGCCUAUGUGGAAUACAUAAGGAGUGUCAAUUAUAUUUCCCAGUUCCUUCUGGAAGAGGCUGAACAGAUUGCUGGCAGUGGCCUACUGAGUUUAGAUUCACAAAAGAUGCUGAAACUGGCAGAGCAGUGUCUUGAAAGGGCUCACACCACAGCAGAAAAGUUGGGCCAAGCUGGUGUGGACCACCCACUGAAUCUCCGUGCAGACAUCCAUCCUCUUUCUUCCCCUCAUUCUUCCAGUGCUGCCAGCUCUACCUCUAGAUUGUCUUCUCUCUCCUCUAUGUCUCAUUCUUCAGGUCAUCGCAGGGCCUGCUCUGAUGAGAUGCAGAAGCUCAGCCCUUUUCCACCACCAGAGAUUUUCCAAAUGCUGCUGGCAGCUGAGGUUCAAAGAGGCAAAAAAGAGCUUACACCUCUGGAAGAAGCUUCCAUCCAGAAUCAGAAGCUAAAGGCUGCAUUUGAAGUCCGACUCGCCAGACUGAACCCCAGACAAGCAGCACAGAAAACUUCACUGACGCUAUCCCUUCAGCGACAAAUGAUGGAAAAUUUGGUAAUUGCAAAAGCAAGAGAAGAGACUCUUCAGAGGAAAGCAGAGGAGCGCAGACUGAGGCUAAAGGAAGAAUCAAACAGACGUUUCUCUCUAAACGAAGACAUGACUCCUGAGCAGGAAGAGCAAAGGAUCCUGUACACAGCUGUGCUGGAGUAUGAACAAGAUCAUGAUUGGCCAAAGCAUUUCAAGCAGAAGAUAAAGGGAAACCCUGAUGACAUUGACCUUGUUUCUAGCUUUAUGUGUCAAGUCCUCAGUACCCCUGACCAUCCAGUUUCCAAACUGCUAACAAGUCUUCAGUGCCAAAUAUACAGCCGGGUGUAUCCAGUUAUCAUUAAGGACCCUUUUGAGCAUAAUCCUGUUACAUCAGAUGUUUGCCACCAGUCACCGACUCUCUCACCUGCCUCCAACUCUCAGCAUUUAAAAUCAUCACAGAGUUUACAGUGUCUCCCCAGUCUUUCCCAGCCUUCAAUCAAGCACAGCCUUUCCACAGGUGAAGGGUUUGAAUGUAUGGAGGCCACAAAGGACAAGCUUAUUGAAAAAGGUCCAUGUGACAAAGAGAGGGAUAAUUCAUUUGAAGACUUGGAACACUAUCUUUCACCAACAGAAUCCUCUGUAGCCAGUGCCAAUUUAACAGUGCCUGCUCUUCUUAAAGCUGUUGUAAAGGAGAUUCAUAAUGCUAAAGACCUGCUGCUGUCUGCCUCCCUGCUGGAUCUUCCGCCUAACCCUCAUUUUAAGGAUGUCUGUGUUGAAUGCAUAGAUGAGAGUUUUUUCCCUCCAAUAUGGCCUGCUCUGCUAGCUCUGUAUAGGCACAUGCUUCUUGCCCGGGAAGAAGCUCUGCUUCAAGCCAUGAAGUUAUAUAGGGAUAAUGCUCAGUCUGUGGUUGGUGUCCCACAGAAGCUUUUCCCUGAAGAUGUGGAACAACCCUAUAAGGCAGCUGUGGAAGAACUUGGUCAUCUUCCCAUGCACCACACAUCCCAGAGGAAGAUGGAGUGCAUUGUGAGAACCAUGCGUGUAAUCUGUGAAUGUGCUGAGGAGUAUUGUACCACACCUGGCACCUCCGCUAUAGGGGCAGAUGACCUGUUACCCAUCUUGGCAUUUGUAGUGCUGAAAACACACACACCACAUCUGCUGUCAGAGUGUGCAGCACUGGAGGAGUUCAUACAUGAGGGGUAUCUUAUUGGAGAGGAUGGAUACUGCCUGACCUCACUACUGAGUGCUCUGUCAUAUGUAGAGACCUUACCGUCACUUUCAGCUCCCAGUAACUGACUGCAAGGGAUUUACGGACACUAACAACUUACUUUAUAGCCUGCUGACUGCAUUUCCUUGGCUGCCUGGUGAAAAUGUAUCAGAUGCUGUGGAUGUCGAGACACUGAUACCUUUGUAAUGGAUCUAAAUUAUCUAUUAGAUAAUCUAUUUAUUUAGCUUUUUUUACACUGCCAAAUCACAGGGAGGUGGUGGCUGGAAGAUGUCAUUAUGAAUUUGGUUUCUUCGAAGACAGACAAUAACAAGUCUGCCUUUAUGAUAUAAUAAAAAGUACAACCAAGUUUAAGGGGAAAUGUUUCCUCUUUUUAAGUCCUGUAAGUUUUAUCUGUCAUACGAAAUAAAUAAUAUACAUGU